ACUGUAAAUUUGGUAUAAAAAAAGAGAGGAUAUUUCUGAUAUUUUUUCUUUAAAGUAUUGAUUCUCAUACUCUUAUUGAUUGGAUUUUCUGUUACUUACCUAUAAUGCUUUGGUAAAGGGAGACAAAAAGGCAUCUGUCAUGCCCUCUUUGUUCUAAAUAAAGGGAAGAUGCUCUGAAUUUUGUUCAUAUUUGGCCUGAUCUCAGUAGAUAUAUAAUAUCAUACACAGGUCAUGAUGCUUCAACAUUUCUUUGCAACAUUUGCAUAAACCUUUGGAAACCAUGGUAAAGGAAGUGAAAACUCAAGCCAAAAUUGGUGUUGGUGUAGAUAUCCUGUGGAAAGCUUUAGCUAAAAAUUUGAAAUUUAUUAUUCCAAAAAUGAUUCCAAAUUUAGUGAAGGAUGCUGAAGUGAUUGAAGGUGAUGGUGGCCUUGGUACAGUCUACCUCUUCAAUUUCGGCCCUGAUAUCAAAACAAUGACAUACCAGAAGGAGAAGAUUUCAGAGCUUGAUGAUUCCUUGCACCGAAUUGCACUGCAAGUAAUUGAAGGGGGCCAUCUGAAUCUUGGUUUUUCUUACUAUAAUACAAUUUUCCAGCUAACUGCCAUUGGAGAGGGGGAGACACUGAUUGAUGUCACAGUAGCAUAUGAGUCUGAAAUAGAAGAUGAUACCAUGCCAUCAAAGACAAAAUCAUCAACGUUAGCUUACAUCAGUAGCCUGGAAAAUUAUUUGGCAAAUGCUUCUUCUUGUUAGAUAUGUAUGUUUGUCUUUACUGGGUUCAUCUCACAGAUAUCUCAUAAAGAAAUUUUCCUGUUAAGCUUUAAACUUCUUAUGUCAUCGGUUGCUUAUUUCAGACUAAUGCCCAUAUAUAUAAAAUAUUACUUUUAUUC